AUGGACGAGUCCGAGUUCAGCGACAUCCAGGAAGAGCAGCGCCAGAAGCUGCUGAACUAUGACGAUGUCGAGAAGCAGUCAAUCGUCGAGGAACAACCCCAAGCAAAGAGCGCACAGGAGGGCGCCGAAUACCUCGUGUCGACUCGCGUCAAGAUGAUCUGUCUUGGACUCUAUUUCGCCAUGAACCUGGGCCUCACGCUAUACAACAAGGCCGUCCUCUCCAAGUUCGCCUUUCCCUGGCUCAUGACCACAUUACACGCCACAUGUGCAGCAAUUGGAUGCUACACCCUCCUGCUCGCAGGCCACAUCAAACUCUCAUACCUCACGCGACAAGACAACUAUGUCCUGGUGGCUUUCUCUGUUCUCUUCACCAUCAACAUUGCCAUAUCCAACGUCUCCCUGGAGAUGGUCUCGGUUCCCUUCCACCAGAUCGCCCGCUCGACUUGCCCCGUCGCAACCAUCCUGAUCUACCGCUGGUUCUACGGUCGUUCUUACGCAAAGGCUACAUACAUGGCUCUGAUUCCGAUCGUCCUCGGUGUCGGACUUAGCACUUACGGCGACUACUACUUCUCUCUUGUCGGCGCAUCUCUCACCUUCCUCGGCGUCUUCCUCGCCGCCAUCAAGACUGUCGCAACCAACCGUCUUCUGACCGGUAGCCUCAAGAUGCCCGCUCUUGAGCUGCUCCUUCGCAUGUCCCCUCUCGCUGCCGCACAAUCGCUCGUAUACGCAUACUGCACCGGCGAAGUCACUCGUUUCGGCAACUUCGCUGCUGAGGGUGGCCUCACCUCCUCUGUCAUUCUCGCCCUGCUCGGAAACGGCAUCCUCGCUUUCAUGCUCAACGUCACCUCCUUCCAAACAAACAAGCUUGCCGGUGCCUUGACCUUGAGCGUCUGCGGCAACCUCAAGCAAUGCCUUACCAUUCUCCUCGGUAUCGUUCUCUUCAACGUCCGCGUCGGACCCGAGAACGGUGCUGGUAUGUUGGUCACUCUUCUCGGCGCUGCAUGGUACAGCAAGGUCGAAUUGAGUGUCAAGAAGCCUGCCCCGAGAUCAUGA